AUGGUGGGUUGGGGGCUGUCGGGGCCGCUGCAGCAGGCGGGGCGCUGCGCGCCCUUGGGGGCUUACCUGGCGGUGCCCGUGACGACUAAGGAGCGCUUCGAGGGGCAGGGGCCCCUCAAGCACCAGGGCGAUGCUAUAACCGUGGUGUAUGGCGGCGCCGCGAUGCAGGGGUGGCGCCGCACGAUGGAAGACGCGCACAUCGCGCAAACUGGCCUCGGCCAUGACACAGGCGCCAUGUUCGGCGUGUUUGACGGCCACGGCGGCGCCGAGGUCGCCAAGUUCUGCCAGCGCUACAUGGCGCAGGAGCUGCAGAAGCUGGAGGGCUUCGGCGGCGACGCCGUGGAGGAGGCGCUGGUGGACGUCUUCCACCGCAUGGACGAGAUGCUUCGCGACCACUCGUUCGCCGACGAGAUCGAGCAGCUCAAGGCGCACGAGCCGGGCGAGGACGAGCCCGGGGACGGCGGCGGCGACGAGGGCGGGUCGCCCAUGGACGCGCUGGAGAUGAUCAAGCGCGUGUUCCAGCUGAAGCGCUUCGUCGGGGACGGGGGCGGCGGCCAGGAGGGCGGCGCGCUGGGCGGCGGCGGCGCGCGCAGGGCUGAUGAUGCGGGCGGCGGCGACGAGGCCGUGGCGAUGGAGGCGGAGGGGGGCGCCGAGGGCUCCGACGCACAGCAGCAGGCGGCGGCGGAGCGCGGCGCCGGCGGCGGUGUGGGUGCUGGCGCCAGCGGUCCCCCGCAGCAGCAGCAGCAGCCGCCGCCGGCGCAGCAGCAGCAGCAGCGCUUCGUGGAGCCUGCGGACACGCGCAUCCAGGCGGGCUGUACCGCCGUUGUCGCGGUGAUCAAGGCCGGCCACCUAUACGUGGCCAACGCCGGCGACUCCCGCGGCGUGCUGUGCCGCGGCGGCAGCGCGGUGGCCAUGUCUGAAGACCACAAGCCCGCGCAGGAGACGGAGCGGCGCCGCAUCCUCAAUGCGGGUGCGGUGGGGGCCAUGCGCUGCGCUGCGGCUGCUUGGAGCGGGACUGGCGUUUGGGGAACGGGCACAGAGGGGUAA